AUGGGUAGAUCUAAGUCGGUUGUAGCGAGAGGAAAGGGGGAGUCGGGUUCCACUCGGGUUAAGUCCCUUAACCCGAUAUAUUCUACUGUGGUGGAUCCGGCGGCGUUUAUUGAACUUGCUGGUUUGCCGCCGUCGGCGGAAGUGAAGAUUCCCGGCUCGGAUGAGGAAGCUUUUGACUGUCCAGAGGGGUAUACCUUGGUCACGAAGAAGGGGAAGACGAACUUAGGUGUUGGUUUAGGUGUGAACGACAGGGGUUGGCAGAGUCGUUUUGUCUUCGUAGGCAAAGAUUCUCUGGGAGAUAAAGGGCGGUUUUUGGUCGAGGGAUGGACGAUGGAAGUCGUCAAGGCGUCGUCGUUGACUGAGUUGAACGCUGAUUCUGAGGAUAAGUAUCGGAAAUUCUUGGGUUAUUUUGUCGAGGAUAGGUCUUUUAGUCGCGACGGAGAGUUUUUAGACGAGCAGGAGGCGAACCGGUCAGGCGACGUCGCCGAGGAGGAGGAAAUAGACGAGGAAUCAGGUCAACUGACUCGUCGUCGGAAAAGGUUGGAUUUGCUUGAAGAGGUAGUGGCAAACUCAUCGUCUGCCGAAGGUGAAGUAGGCGAUAUGGCUGACAACUCAGAGCACACUCUGUCGUCUAGGCCUGUGUCAAGGAUGUCUCAGAGCGAGAUUCAGGAGCGCGCAAGGAAGCGAUUGAGGUCGUCCUCGACUUCUGGUGGACGAGGUACGACGGUCGUACCUCGAUUUUCUGCGAUAGGUUCGUCGGCCGAGACGCCUGUCGUCAUAGGAGCCGAAGGCUUUCAUCCGAUUGCUUCGUCAUCGCCUCCACAGCCGUUCAAGGCGUCGUCUGCUGCUGUCGACGUUAGUAAGGUGUCUACUUCGUCGGCCAAGAAGCGUCCUGCCGAGACGGAUCCUGUCGAGGAUACGGUUAUCACUUUGCCCCCAAGCUUCUUGGGUGAUGAAGAGGCGUCGGUUAUAUGGCCUUUCGCUGAUCGCUUGAUCUUGCCUACGACGUACCGACGAUAUCACGAGGUGGAUCCUCUUCCUGUCGCGUCGGACGCCGCUGAACUUAGUCUGCGGGCGUCGCAGGCUGCCUUGGCUGUACGUAGGCAAUGUUCGUUGCUGUGCGACGAGGUGACGAAUGCGAGGUAGCUGACGGCGACGGCGAAGAAGGCGGCCGCGUCGUGGGAAGCGAAGUGGAAGGCUGCUGAGAAGAAGGUCGUGGACCUUGCUGCGGUGGUUAAGGCCAAGGGUGACCAAUUGAAAGGUAAGGAUAAGCAGUUAGCCGACGUGGCUAAAGAUCUGGAGAAAGUGAAGGAAGAGCUGGCCUCGACGACGGAGGAGUUAGAUGGAUUGAGGAGCUUGUACGACGCCCUGCAGGAGGAGGCGAAGGACGUCGAGGCUCUCGCUAUAUGGAGGACGCGGGCGCAGAUGAUGUACUCCUGCUUGAUUGGGGAGACUAGCCUUUGGCCGUGUCAGAAGGAGGUGGACGACUAUCUGGCUAAUGGCGGUACCAUGGCUGACCUGUCGGUGCCUGUGGUGGAUCCGGAAGAGUUAGCGAAGACGGCUGACACUGCCAGUACUGAGGCGACAGAGGUGGAUGCGGCUUUGUUGGUGGUGAGUGCGCCUGUUCCGGACCAAGAGGGGGAGGUUUUAGCUGUUGGGUGCGAAGAGGAGGCUUUUGCCGUCGCUUCUCAAGACGAGACGUUGGACGUGGCGUCGGUGGAGGUGCCAGUCGUGCCCCCGGAGCAAGAGUCGGAGCAGGAGGCCGUGGCCUCUACUCAGGAAGAAGGGAUGUAAUAGUUUGUAGUUUUCGAAUUUCUGUUGGUUUUUGUGUUUUGUUUGUGAACUUCUUUACUCGUCGUCGAUGGCGACGACGAGGUGGUUUGGAUAAUGUUUUGUGUUUGAAUUUCGGAAGUCGUGGCCUUAGGGGUCGCGCGUUGUGUAUGAUAAGUUU